GAUCGACGGAACAAAAAACAAGAACCUAUAGCGAUUCUUCAUUUCUUCCGUGCAUGCAACUGUUUCUCGGUUUAGCGAAAAUUGUUUUGUUUUUUAAGUUGGUGAAGGAACACAUUUGUUUUGGUAGUUCUUGUGCGCGCGCGUGUGUAUGUGUGUGUGUAUAUAUAUAUAUCAAUCUCACGAUUCCUUCUGUCGAUUAUAUAAAACAGAAAAUAAGUAAAAAUUUCUAUAUAUAGUCACCCCCUCUACUUGGCAGGGAUAUGAUGUCCCAUAAAAACAGGUUAACCAUCCUUUUGCUUUUGGUUUUGACAUCCAAUUAAGAAAACACAAAGGGAGAGGGGGAAUGAUCUUCAUUUCAUUUCUCUUCUCUCUUUCAAUUCCAAGGUUACAACAUUUUGGGACAACCUUAUAUAUGUUUUCGAUAUUUCCGAUGAAGCCGGAAUGAUGUUUGGGUUUCAAGUAAGAAACCGUCAAAAUGCAGCCGCUUCUCCACGCGCGAUCGAGCCAGCUUCCCCAUCGGUUGGGGAAAUUGAUACCAAACCACCUUUCGAAUCUGUCAAGGCCGCUGUUAAUUUAUUUGUCGAAGCACCUAAAGCCGACAGGCCUGUCCUCAAGAAAACCAGAACUUUGGGAGAGAGCGUGUUGGGGAAGGAGACGCAACUUCACUGGACGCUCAAGGAGAUCGACAAGUACAAAGAACAUGUGAAAACUGCGGAGUCUACAAAAGGGGAAGCACUUGGAGAACUUGAAAAGGCGAACAAGACAUUGCAGGAGCUAACCCACAGGUUAGAGGCCGCAAGCGAAUCAAAACAGUCGUUGAUAGCGGCAACAGAGGCUGCUAGGACAAAACUAAAAUCCUCGUGGCAAGAAGCCGUUGAAAACCAAAGCAACCAGUAUAAAGCAGCCGCUAACCAACUUAUUUCAACCAAGCAACAACUUAACAACCUCAAACGGGAUUUCGAAAUCGCCGUGGUAGCAAAGCAGGCCUCGUUUCAGCGGGCUGCAGAAGCCCAACAUGUUGCGAAAGUCAACCGCAAGAAAAUAAGUCAGCUCUCCAAGGAUGUUGAAGCCAUGAGUCAAACCCUUGAGCGCAUCAAACUCGCGUCUGCAAAAGCUCAAGAAGAGCAUGACAAGCUUAUGGAAGAAAAACAAGCUUUGUUAGAAUCCAAGAAGAAGGCGAAGGAAGAUAUGGAGUUGGAGAAAACGGAGUGUCUAUCCAAGAAAGACCCUUCGGCUGGAAAUCUUGAAAAACGGUUAGAAGAAACAAGUGAAGCAGUUAACGUACUACGGGACCAACUGAAAGAGGUGCGUGCGGCAGAUAUGGAGAUGUUAAGGAAUGCGAAUGCGGAGGUGGAUGAAGCUAAAAGGAGACUUGGAGAAAUGAAGGAGGAAGAGAGCGCGCUUAGAGGUGUGGUGGAGUCGUUAAAGCGGGAACUCGAGGAUGUAAGGAGGGAUAUACGUGUGGCCAAGGAAGAUGACUUAAAAAGCGAACAACUGCGAGGUGAAUUAGAGCAGAUAAAACUGCAAGUCCAAGAGGCGAUAACGAAGGAAACAAUCGCAGCAACUCAUGUAAACGAACUAGAAUCCAAGAUACGUGAGAUGUGGUCGGAGGCUGAAAAGGCAACGCGACAAGAAGAGGAAAUGAAGAGACAAGUGGAAACACUUUGGCGGGAAGCUGAACGGUCAGAGCUCGCGAUCAAAGACUCCGAAGCCAAGCUGGAGAUUGCGCAACGACAGGUUGAAGAAGCAAAAGCGGCAAAGGAGCUUGCGGAUGAUCAGAUCCGUAAACAGUCCUCCAAAAAGAAGGAAGAUUGUAACGUCGUGGAUUCAAAUACCAUCACGUUGACUACACAGGACUUUGAAGCGUUGAGUAGAAAAGCUGAAGAAGCAACGAGUUCGGCGGAUACGAAAGUUGCAACGAUAAAGGCUCAGCUUGACGCGAUCAAAGAAAAAGAGAAAGGAAUCCUUGACAAGCUGGAGAAAGGCAUGCAAGAAAACAAGGAAAUACAAGAAGAAAUUAGCAACGCUCAGCAAACCGCAGAUGCAGCACGCCAGACUGUAGAAACUGAACUCAACAAGUGGAGACAAGAAACCAAACAAUGAUCCUCUUUGUGUGUUCUAAACAUUAACAUAUAUAGGUGCUCAGAAUUUUAGUACAAGUUAAAUGAUAUUUCAAGUUUAGUAAUAA